UACAAAUAAGCACAAAUGCACAGUGGAAAAAAAUAAAACAAAACAAAACAAACAUUGGAUGAAAAAAGGAAGAGAAGUAACCAAGUAUCAAAGUGAAUGCAUCAUAAAUAUAAUUCAAGAGUCCAAAAGAUAGAAUAAGAUUGUGACCCAAACAUAUGAGAUUCUUAGUUCUUUAGAUGCCAAUAGAACGAUGAAGUGAAGUGAAAGGUUUUCUAAUUUUUUUUUUUUAGUUUUAUGGUGGUUGACUAACCAAAAUUUAUCAUCAACACACAUUUUGCUAGUUGUGGUUGAUUAACAAAAUUCGUUACACUUAUUUAAUAUCAUUUGUUUGUGUAAUACAUAUGAGUAGUGUUCAAUAAAAUAUUAAAGUUUAGUGAUUUUUUUUCAAUGUCCAAUGUAUCGAAUUAAAUUUUAUUCAAUCAGGAUAUUAUUGUUUUUAAUAUGUAUAUCAUGCUUAAUACAAGGUGAACGUGUUCGACGAUUAAAGCGUCAAGCGGAAGAUGUACCAAGUUCUGGAGUUAAGGGUCCAGCACCAUUUGGUGUAACAACUUAUCGAGUUGGUGCAAUGGGAGUUCAAGGAGAACGUGGACCACCAGGACCGCCGGGACCAGAUGGUCCACCUGGUCCAUCAGGUUCACCAGGAUCACCAGGGAAAACAGGAGGGCCAGGAAUUCCUGGACCUAUUGGAUUACCUGGACCUCCAGGUGCAGACGGAAAGCCAGGUCGAGAUGGAGAAGCUGGGAAUCCAGGUGCUUCAGGUGAAGUUGGCCCACCAGGUCCAUCAGGACCAACAGGUCCACCUGGACUUAAAGGACCCGUGGGAUUGAAGGGUAAAAAAGGUGAAAGGGGUGAUCCAGGAAGAGAUGGCGUUGAGGGUAUCCGAGGAGAUAUUGGUGCCCCAGGACUUAUGGGACGUACUGGUGCUCGUGGAGCAACUGGACCUGCAGGUCCAGCAGGAACACCUGGUCAAGUUGGUCCUGCCGGAGCAGAUGGUCUUCCUGGAGCUCAAGGUCCACCAGGUCCACAAGGUCUUCCAGGUGAACCAGGUGCUAUUGGUCCAACUGGUGAUAGAGGUGAAGUAGGUGAAGCUGGAAUACGUGGAGGAGUUGGUGAGCCUGGCAAGCCUGGGCUUGAUGGAAAACCUGGACGACCUGGGGAACAAGGAAUUCAGGGUCCACCUGGAAAAGAUGGUGUACAAGGACAAAAAGGUGAUAUAGGUUUUCGAGGAGCACUAGGACCAGAAGGUAUGCCAGGUCCACGAGGAGCACCUGGUACAUCAGGUUCACCAGGUGAACAAGGAACUAAGGGAUCCAUCGGGGUUUCUGGACCUCCAGGAAAUCGUGGACCUCAGGGAAACUCUGGUCCUCCAGGUGUUAUAGGUCCUCGUGGCUUACCAGGUCCUGUUGGAGAAGUUGGAAAGCCUGGCAUCCCCGGUUCUCAAGGACCUCCUGGAGUAAAGGGAUCGGCUGGAGUAGCUGGUUCUCCGGGUGCUCCUGGACGACCAGGUAUUGAUGGAAGACCGGGAAUCCCAGGACCUGCUGGGAAAAGUGGCCCAAUGGGAAAAACUGGACCGAGAGGAGAACCUGGUCAGUCAGGACAAGAUGGCAAACCAGGAAGGAUUGGUCCUCCCGGCCCACCAGGAGAAAAUGGGCGGGAUGGGAGCCCGGGAGCUUCUGGUCCACCCGGUCCACGAGGUCAGCCGGGCAAAGCUGGAGCAAGUGGCCAUCCAGGAACUACAGGAGCAAGUGGACCACCAGGGCUACAAGGAGACAUUGGACAACAGGGUCCUCAAGGUGAACGAGGCCUUCCUGGAUCAGUAGGCCUACCUGGUCCAAAAGGAGAGAAAGGUGAAAAGGGUCCAUUAGGUGAAGCUGGUGCUCUUGGUGAUGCAGGUCCUCCAGGACCGCAAGGAAAACAAGGAGCUAUUGGUGAAAAAGGACUUCCAGGUUUGAUAGGAAAUGUUGGUUCGCCAGGUUUACGUGGACCUCGAGGAGAUCCUGGACCGUCCGGUGACCCUGGGAAGGACGGAACACCAGGAAUAGACGCACCGGAUGGCGAAGUUGGUAUGGCAGGCCCAGAAGGACCACAGGGUCCUGUGGGUCCAGCAGGUCUUCCAGGACCUCAGGGUUUGCCCGGUAUAAAAGGAGAACCUGGCAGUAUAGGACCGAUUGGGAUACCUGGACGAAUGGGAGUGAUGGGAAUACCGGGAGCCCCCGGGCCAUCUGGUCCGACUGGUCCACCAGGUUUUAAAGGUGAUCGAGGUGUGUCAGGAGCACACGGAAUCCCGGGGAAGGAUGGUCAGCCCGGGAGUCCUGGACCUAUUGGAGCCAGAGGUCCACCUGGUGCAAUUCAUGUAAGUGGAAGGUCAUUGGGAAUCAUGGGGCCACCUGGCCCAGUCGGAGAUAAUGGUGUUCAGGGAGAACCAGGAGUUCCAGGCAUGCCUGGACAGCUUGGUCCAGUUGGUCUUCAAGGUCCAAGUGGAACUCCUGGAAAACGUGGACCAUCAGGUGCAGCUGGACCACCUGGAAGCCCAGGUGCAAAUGGUCGUGCAGGGAUAAGAGGUAGAGCUGGUAGCGCAGGACAACUGGGUGGACAAGGUCCUCCUGGUGUUCAAGGUCCGGCGGGUGUCCCAGGAGUAAGAGGACCUCAAGGGCCUCGUGGUCUACCUGGAAGACAAGGUACUCAAGGUAUCCCGGGGAAAGCUGGAUUAAGUGGCCCUCAAGGUGAAACCGGCCUACCUGGCAAACCUGGAAAACAAGGUCCGACAGGACCACCUGGACCAGCAGGCAAAGAUGGCGACCCUGGAGAACCAGGCACGCCUGGAGCAGUAGGUGAACCUGGCGAUGUUGGUAGUCCUGGAGCACCUGGACGGGAUGGACCAAUCGGGAUGAUUGGUAUGCGUGGAUCAUCAGGAGGACCGGGGCCAAGAGGACCACCUGGCCCACUUGGUCUAAGUGGCCCACAAGGAGCGGCUGGACCAACUGGACCCCAGGGUCCUCAGGGGCCAAGAGGAGCGAAAGGAGCAAAAGGGCAGCCUGGACCCGAAGGUCCUGAAGGACCACCAGGAGAAGACGGAGAACAAGGGCCUGAAGGUUUAGCUGGACCUCCUGGUGAACCUGGACUUGAUGGGCCACGAGGACAAAGAGGUACUCCAGGUCCUUUAGGCCCAGUUGGAGAAGUCGGGCAGCCUGGUCAAGAUGGUCGUCCUGGCCCACAAGGAGAACGUGGUGUUUCCGGUAAACCCGGACUUCCAGGGCCUCCUGGAGCAAAAGGUGCUGCUGGCGAAACUGGCCCAGAUGGGCAAGAUGGAUCAAGUGGUCUUCCAGGAAGCCCAGGUGGUCGAGGUCAUCCUGGAUGGUCUGGGCCUCCUGGACCACCUGGUCCUCCUGGUCCAGAUGGGUUACGAGGAGAUCCUGGUGAAAUUGGUUACCCUGGAAACCCAGGACCACCUGGUGAUAGUGGACCCAUCGGUGAGAGUGGAACCAAAGGUCCUAAAGGACAAAGAGGAGAAACAGGUCCACCUGGCCCACCAGGUCCUUCAGGUAGAGAUGGAUCUUCUGGACCUCCUGGACCAAUGGGACCUCCAGGACCUCCCGGACCACCAGGCAUGCCAUCUGUACAACUACCGACAAUUAGUCGAAGCACUAAAGCUGGAAAUAUCUACGCAGACGAUCCACUGGCAGGAAGAAUCAUGGGAACCUAUGAGCCAUCAAGACCAAGGGGAACGAGAUCUGCACCUGCUUUAACAUGUAAACAAUUAGGUGAAUAUAACAACAAUCUACCUGAUGAUUAUUACUGGAUUGAUCCAAAUGGAAAUGAAAUUAACGAUGUUGUACAAGCUUAUUGUAAAUUUAAAACACGUGAAACAUGUAUACGAUUAAGAAGAAAGUCGCUGAAUUCAGACAGUGGAAAUUCAACUGAACAAGAAAAUAAUUUAAGAAGUCAGUUUUAUGAACUAAUCUACGAAUUGGAAGGAAGUCAACUGGAAUAUUUAAAACGGCAUAGUUUAAUAGGAACACAACAAAUUUAUGAAGAAUGCUCAAAGAAGACAAAUGAAAUACCACUGGUGGAAUUGUCAGUUACAUUAUUUGCUGACAAUGGAAAUGAACUAUCUUAUGGUCAUCCGUAUUUUGGAUAUGAAAUUGUUCAAAAUACUUGUCAUCUUCCAUCUGGAUUAAAAACAGAUGCAUUUUUGAUCAAAGGUUCAACAGCCCGAUUUCCAAUACGUGGUAUACAAAUACUCGAUCCGAAAACUUCCUAUAAUUCAAUUCAGAUCGGAGAAGUGUGUUUUCAGUGAACAAAUAAAUCAAUAAACUAACCAGCAUGAACAACUAAUAUAUUCUUCUAAUUAUGAGGUUGUGUGUGUGUGUGUGUUUAUGUAAUUAUCAAAGAAUAGAUGGAUAUGCAUUUUGAUUUUCUCUAAAGUCUUAUCUAACUCUCUUUUCUUUCCUUCUCUGUAUUUGCAUAAUUGAUUUUGGCUUCAAUUAAAGAACAAUAAUUAGCUAAGUUAAAAAAAAAUGGAACAAUAGAAGCUGCAUCUUAUCAGAACAGUUUUUCCCUCAAAAAAAAUCUUAAAAACAUGGAAAAGCCAUUAUUAUUCAAUUUCUACAAUAGCUAUCUAAAAAGUAUUUCGACUUUAUUUUUUAUACUACUAGAAAGUAGGCAGAUGUA